AUGCUUCAAGCAGCAAGCCGGCAACAGGCCCGUGUAUCGUUUGUUCGUACUACACGUGCACUUCAUGCUUCUUACAGAAACUGCAACGAACUCAAAACGUCGCCAGGUUCCCCUGUGACAUCUCAACAAGUCAAGGCUAGUAUUCCAAAAACCACGUCUGCUACGACAAGUGCUCAAUCCCCAACUGUACUCGGCAAGACCGUUCCUCCUGUUCCAGGGGCUAAGGCAUCCAAGCCAACCAUUCCUGUGGUGGAAAAGGUUGUCGAGAACAACGAACAUGAGGCUAAGGCCAAGAAGCCAUUUUCUUUGUUCGGAUUUUUGUUCAAGACUAUCUUGGCCUCUGCCGUCUUGUACGGUGGUACCAUGUAUGCCGCUACAAAAAGCGAAACUGUCAUGGAUUUCGUAAUCGAUAAGCAGUUGCCCUACUACGAGGAGUUAAUCAACUUGAUUGAAAACGGCUCUGUAGAUGAUCUUCAAAAGAAUUGGAGUGCCAUGACUUCAAGUGUUGGUACCACCAAGGAUAAAAUUGAAAAGUUGACCAAUGAGCUUGAAAAGAAAGGUGAGGAUUUGAUUGAGAAGACUAAGCAAAAGGUCAGCCAGACAAAGAGCGCCAUCACACAUGCACUUCCUGCUGAACAAUUGCAAAAGCCGGUGGAAUUUGAGGCUGUGCAUGAAAAAAUUGAGAAAUUGCCUUUGGUCUCUGUUGAUAAAGAAGUCGCUGGUUUCGUUGACGACUCUGUGAAGAAGACCAUUGACUCCUUCAACGAAUUGAUCAAAAUGAUUGAUGCAAGUAAUCUCGGGAACGAAAAGCACUCUAUUGUCAAGAGAAUCAACGAUAAUGUGUCCUUGUUGUCUGCCAAAUUGGACGCUUUGAACCGUUCCUUCAACAAAGAAUUGGAGACCAAAUUGAAGUCUUCCGAGACCAAGUUACUUGCCAAUUAUACUCAAAAAGAAUUGGAUUUGACCCAAAAUAUGUUGGAUCAGUACAAGGUGGAGAAGACCCAAUUAGAAAAGGUGUUCAAGGACAGAUUGCAAAAAGAAGUGGAAGCUACCAGAAAUGCUAUCACUCAAGCAGCUGUCAAUUCAACUUCCAUGGUGAGAGUUGAACAAACAAAAAGAUUUGAAGCAAUGAUCAAGGAAAGAAUUGAUCAGGAGAGAGAUGGCAGAUUGAAGAACUUGGAGGCUCUCAACUCUAGAGUCGAAGAGCUCGAAGCUCUUGCGCUCACUAUGGAAUCUCAAGUCAAAGCUAGUGCUUCCAAAACUUUGGUUCAACAAUCUUUGGCUAACCUCAAGUCUUUGUUGUACCACGUUAGCGCAGAUACUCCACCCCAAAGCUUCAACUCAUACUUAGACAAAUUAGAGGUCGCAGCUCAAGACACCAACGAUCAACUCUUGCAAUUGGCCACCUCGCAGCUCAAGGAAUUGCUCACCAACGAAAGUAACCAAUCCAUCUUGACGACUCCACAAUUAUUAUCGGCUUGGGAGCAACUUGCUCCUGAGUUGAGAUCCGCCUCCUUAUUGCCACCUAAUGCCGGUUUGUUAGGGCAUGUCGCUUCCUACUUUUUCUCAAAGUUGUUGAUGCCAGUGAAGGGUGUCAAGCCUAACGGAAAAGAUAUCGAGUCUGUUAUCGGUAGAGUGGAGCUGAGCUUGGCUCGCGGAGAGUUGGAUGUCGCUGUUGAGGAAGUCGCCAAUUUGAAGGGUUGGACUAGACGCUUGGCCGAUGACUGGGUCCAGGAGGGAAGAAAGAGAUUGGAGGCUGAGUUCUUGGUUGAAGUCGUGGAGGCUGACGCCAAGAUCUUGUAA